CAGAUCUUCUCGUCCCGCCGUUUCUCACCUUGAUUGUGGGUCUCGGUUUGAUAGCUACCUAUACUGCAGGGCUCAAGACCGGAUGCUGGGUUCGUUAUUGCGGGAUCUAUUGGAAGGGAACUGUUUGGGGCUGCGCAGGUCAUCAUGUUGACCUUUACCAUGGCCAGUCAUAUCUUGACUUUCGACAUCUGUUUCAACGUUAUUACCGGGCACGCCACCUGCACGAUUGUUUGGGGCAUUGUUGGCAUGGUUAUCUCGAUCGUCUUCACGCUUCCGAGGACACUGAAGGCCCUGUCAUUUCUUGCCAUCUUGUCCUUCCUGAGCAUCUUGUCCGCGGUCCUUCUCACUAUUAUUGGCGUCGCUGUCGAGUCUUACCCGGCAGGCUAUAACGGUACCGCCGUGGCUUGGAUGGUGGGAGCAGAGAACGUUGAGUUUUAUAGAGCAUUCGCUGCUGUUACCAACAUCGUCUUUGCAUAUGCUGGGCAUCUCGCAUUCUUCUCCUUCAUCAGAUGGAGAACCCACAAGACUACCCCAAAGCUCUUUGCUUGCUGCAGUUCACCGCUACGGCAUUCUACACCAUUGCCGGGGCCUUGAUCUACAGGCUUGCUGG